CCUGGGCCUAGCAGCAGCAGCGGGCCUAGACAGCGGGCGAUGGCCGCCCCGGUGGUGCUGGACCUGUUCUACGAUGUGGUCUCCCCCUACUCCUGGCUGGGCUUCGAGGUCCUGUGUCGCUACAGAAACAUCUGGAACAUCAACCUACGCCUCUGCCCCAGUUUUAUUGCCGCGAUCAUGAAGGACAGCGGAAACAAGGCGCCCGCCCUGGUGCCCCGGAAGGGCAAGUACAUGACCCAAGACCUGAAACGCCUGGGUGACUAUUUUCAGGUCCCGCUCCACAUGCCAAAGGAUUUCACCCACUCGAUUCUGGAGAAAGGCAGCCUGUCUGCCAUGCGCUUCCUCACCGCCGUGAACAUGGAGCGGCCCGAGCUGCUGGAGCCCAUGUCCCGGGAGCUGUGGAUGCGGAUCUGGUCCCGGGUGAGUCUCCCAGCGGCACCCCCACCCUCAGCAGCCCCCAAUCACCCCCCGGCCCCAUCCCCUCUCCCCAGCCAAAUCCCCCCACCAGGCUUCAGAAAACACCCCUCAAUUUUCCCUGUGGUUCAGGAUUGUCCUAGCCCCUGCCUUCCCCAUAUAACACCCUUCCCUCUUCACCAGGAUGAAGACAUCACCGAAGCCCAGAGCAUCCUGGCUGCCGCAACCCAGGUUGGGCUGACCCCACAACAAGGACAGGAGCUUCUGAGAAAGAUCGGUUCCCCAGAGGUGAAGGAACAGCUGAAGCAGACCACUGACGCAGCCUGUAGCUAUGGGGCUUUUGGGCUGCCCUUGGUGGUGGCACACGUGGGCGGAGAGACACACGCGUUAUUUGGAUCGGACCGGUUGGAGCUGCUGUCCCACCUGCUGGGAGAGAAGUGGCUGGGCCCUGUCCCCCAGGCACGUAAGUCCCAGCUCUGAGCCGGCCAUGCAGGGAGCGUGUUCCCGCCCCACCUGGAAUCCUGGACUCGGGUUCUGGCCUCACCCUUGGGCCUCAGGGUGGCGGGGGUUGGGGGCAUCAGGGGCCCAGGGUGAGCCCUUCAGUACCAAAGUGACUUACGGGAGAAUGGGCUCCCCAUUACUCUGUCCCUGAGAAAUAAACAGCCUGAAGCUGGACC